AUGCUGGCGGCAUCUGGAUUCUUUACUAAGUGUCUUCGUACCUUUCAAAUUAAACCCUUGGAAUGCUUUCAUCAGGCAGUCUUUGUUACAAUUCACAAAGGUCUGCCAUCCUUUGUUUGCACUGCGAUAUAUGCGAGUCUUGUACCCCACAAUAGGGAAGCCCUCUGGUCAUAUCUACGUGAGAUUCGCAUUCGUAUUUCCACACCAUGGCUCUUGAUUGGUGACUAUAAUGAAGUCCUAUCACCCAAUGAGGUUCGUGGCGGCUCCUUUUCAUUAAGACGUGCUGAUCGCCUUCUUGAUACGAUGGAAGCUUGUCAUUUAUUGGACAUGGGUUCUUCAGGAUAUAAAUAUACCUGGUAUAGAGGCCACACUCACACUCGAACUGCCAAGAAGCUUGACAGGGGCCUUUGUGACGAUUCUUGGCGUCUCCUCUUUCCGGAAGCUUAUGUUGAAAACCUCACUUUCUUCUAUGUAAUUAUACCUUAUACCCCUUCAAAAGAGAGAAAUACUUUGCUAGCAACGUUUAGGCUCUGA